AAGUAGCCACCCUUUGCCUUAAUGGCAGCUUUCUUCGCGUUUGGCAUUAUCUCAACCAGCUUCGGGUUAAUUUAUUCGACGGCCCGCCAUUAAAGCUAGUUAAAAGAGUAACAUUAUGCUUUUUCAGCAUGAAUGGAGGAUGCUUUAUGUAGGACCCGGUCCACGGACGACACAGAGUUUGUACUGUCUUUGGUAUUACUACUAGGCACAUCAACCCUAGACGAUAGUGCAGAUCUGGCGUCCGCUAUCGUCUGCCUAGGCUACUUUAGACCUAGGCUAUUCAAUACACUUCCACACAGAGCAGUUUAGCACACCAUUAUACACAUGUGUCAUAUUAGCUAUUGUACGUCUGUUUCAUCGAAUAAAAAUGCGUUAUUCACUGGAACGUUGAAAGAUAUUGUAACACAUAUAUACAUAACCAUAGCGUUCUGAAAAAGAGGGCGGAACAUUCAUACCGAUCAUGUAUCAGUGUCGGAACACAAUGUGUGACGGACCCAGGCUUCAGGUUGUAUACACGUGAGAUCCUGGAAAAGUUUCAAGAGCGAGCUGGACGGCAUUUUGUCUUUAACGUUUAUGCGCCAUACAUUACCAUCAUUUCUACGUAUUGACACGAGCUCCUGUCUGUUACGUGCCGUAAGAUGGGGCGGCUGAGGAAGAGGCACAACUGGAAGGGACGGGAGCAGAACGAGACACAUCCACCUCCAGAGGCCAAGGAGCAGGGGAAGACUGUUGUAGUGGAACUCAAAGACGGGGCCAACCUAAAGGGGGUGGACGAGAGCAAUGCCCUGGUCCUUCCAGCCACCAAAGCCAAGAAGAAGAGGGGCAUUGAGAAGUCCCUUACUAAGAAACAGCCCCUUACCAAGAAACAGAGGAAACAUCUACAAAAAGUCCUGGAGGUCAAAGAGAAGAAAGCCAAGAGAGUAGACAUCCUGGCCAAACUGGCCGAAGUGCAGCUGCCUGACUCUGAGCUGAAGCUGCUCUACACCACCUCCAAAUUGGGCACAGGAGACAAGCAGUACCAGACCAAACAGACUCCUGAUGAGGUAGAUGACGGAGCCUCAGGGCCCAGGAUCAGCAGCCUGAGUGGAGCCAACAGGAAGAGGAAACGAAGAGCACGGGAGGAAGAGAAGGCAGAAGAGGAGAGUAGUGAUUUGGACUCAUCUGAUGAAGAGAUGGAUGAUGGAGGGAUGGGGAAUAGAAGGGUGGAGGCCACUAAUGUCUCAGAAUCUGAAGAGCCAGCCUCCUCCUGCCAGGAGAAAGAGGUGGAGAUGAAAAAGGAAGAGAAAAAGGAGACGAGCGAGGAGUCAGGCCCAGCCCAGGCCUCCAGUAAAAAGCCAUCCGAGCCAGCAAUCUUCAUCUCCGUGGACAGGCUGCCAGAGAUGCAGGAGGCCCGUCUGAGGCUGCCAGUGCUGGCUGAGGAGCAAGUGAUCAUGGAGGCGGUGAGAGAGAACAGUUUUGUGGUUCUGUGUGGAGAGACAGGAAGUGGUAAAACCACCCAGGUACCCCAGUUCUUGUACGAGGCUGGAUAUGCCAGUGGCACUGGAAUCAUUGGUGUGACAGAGCCUAGGAGGGUGGCAGCUGUCAGUAUGUCCCACAGAGUGGCCAAAGAGAUGAACAUGUCUACACGGGUGGUGUCGUACCAGAUCCGUUAUGAGGGGAAUGUGACCUGUGACACCAAGAUCAAGUUCAUGACAGACGGAGUCCUGCUGAAGGAGAUUCAGAAGGACUUCCUGCUCCAGAGGUACAGUGUGAUCAUCAUAGAUGAGGCCCAUGAGAGGAGUGUGUACACAGACAUCCUGAUUGGCCUGCUGUCACGCAUCGUACCACUCAGAAACAAGAAAGGCCUCCCCAUGAAGCUGAUAGUGAUGUCAGCUACUCUGCGUGUGGAGGACUUCACAGAAAACAGGAAGCUGUUUCCUACUCCUCCUCCCGUCAUCAAGGUGGAGGCCCGUCAGUUCCCUGUAAGCGUCCACUUUAACAAACGGACUCCUCUGGAGGACUACACUGGAGAGGUGUUCCACAAGACCUGUAAGAUCCACCGCAUGCUGCCCCCUGGGGGUAUCCUGGUGUUCCUGACGGGCCAGGCUGAGGUCCACUCUGUCUGCAGGAGACUGAGGAGGGCCUUCCCUUUCAAGAGGGGCAACACAGCUACUGGUGAGGGAGAGGAGGCAGCAACAGACUCCUCAGAUGAGAUGAAGAAGUUUAAGAAAGCCAAACAUAAGAGAACUGUGUCCCUGCCCCGUAUUGACCUGGAUAACUACUCAGCGUUGCCGGUGGAUGAGGGGGAUGAGGAUCGUCUGGCGGGGAUAGAUGAUGAGGAGGGGUCCGACCUGGAACUAGGAGACGACGCUGCAGACACAGAGGAGAAGGCGGACCCGUCCCUCCCUCUUUAUGUCCUCCCCCUCUACUCUCUCCUGGCUCCAGAGCAGCAGGCCAAGGUGUUCCGGCCCCCUCCCCAUGGUGCACGUCUGUGUGUUGUGGCUACCAACGUAGCAGAAACCUCUCUAACCAUCCCGGGGAUAAAGUAUGUGGUCGACUGCGGUCGGGUCAAGAAGCGCUUCUACGACCGCGUCACGGGGGUCUCCUCCUUCAAGGUCUCCUGGACCUCACAGGCCUCAGCCAAUCAGAGGGCAGGCCGGGCAGGCCGUACCGAACCUGGACACUGCUAUAGGCUGUACUCAUCAGCGGUGUUUGGAGACUUCAGUCUGUUCUCGGAGGCAGAGAUCACCCGCAGGCCAGUUGAGGACCUGGUACUACAGAUGAAGGACCUUAACAUAGACAAGGUGGUCAAUUUCCCAUUCCCUACAACUCCCUCAGCUGAGGCGCUGGUGGCAGCAGAACAGUUACUGGUUUCACUGGGAGCACUAGAGGAGCCGCCACGCACCGGGCGGGUUAAGGAGAUGGAGCGAGCGCGUCUGAGCUGUCCCAUCAGCCCCUUAGGCAGGGCAAUGGCGUCGUUCCCCGUGUCACCGCGCUACGCUAAGAUGCUGGCGCUAGGGAAGCAGCAGGACUGUCUGCCUUACGUCAUCGCCGUGGUGGCCGCCAUGACGGUCCGGGAGAUCUUUGAGGAUCUGGACAGACCUGCUGGUAGUGAGGAUGAGAGCUCCAAGCUGGCCCAGCGUCGAGCCCGGCUGGCCCAGAUGAGGAGGCUGUGGGCUGGGCAGGGAGCCUCUCUACUGCUGGGGGACCUCAUGGUCCUGCUGGGUGCUGUGGGUGCGUGUGAGUUUGCUGGCUGCACUCUUAAAUUCUGUGAGGAGAAUGGACUGAGGUAUAAAGCCAUGCUGGAGAUCAGACGACUUAGAGGACAGCUCACCAACGCAGUGAACUCAGUGUGUCCAGAGGUGGGUGUGUUUGUGGACUGUAAGAUGGCUCCACCUACUGAGAGCCAGGUGGUGUGUUUACGUCAGAUAGUGCUGGCGGGACUGGGAGACCACCUCGCCAGACGGGUACAGCAAGAGGAACUACUAGACUCAAAAUGGAGUAAUGGAUACAAGACCCCACUCCUGGACGAGCCAGUCUACAUCCACCCCUCCUCAGCCCUGUUUAAAACGCUACCUCAGUUUGUGGUCUAUCAGGAGGUCUUGGAGACCACCAAGAUGUACAUGAGAGGUGUGUCAGCGGUAGAACCAGAGUGGGUUCCCCAGCUCCUCACCCAGUACUGCCAUUUUGGAUCUCCUCUGGAGACCCCGUCGCCAUGGCUCUGUGCCUCUACAGGCAGGGUCAAAUGUCACUGUACCAGCACCUUUUUCCGAUGUGGCUGGCAGCUUCCUGCUAUAGAGAUGGAUUACCCAGAUGGCCUGGAGCGAUAUAAACUGUUUGCCAGGUUCCUUCUGGAAGGACAGGUCUGCCCUAAAUUGAAGCAGCACAGCAGUUAUCUUCUCUCAAACCCUUCCAUCAUGAUGAAGACCUGGGCAAAACUCCAGCCUAGGACUGAGGCUCUGCUGGGAGCUUUGGUGUCAGAGAGAGUGGACUGCAGAGACGUACUGCUCUCAUCCUGGAAGAACAACAACAAAUUCCUCUUGACUGCAUACUGCCAGUGGAUCCCUGAAGCUAAGCACCAAGAUGUGGCCAAGAGCUGGCCUCCCAUCUGACACAGAGGACACUGAUACCAGCUUUGCUGCCUGCCAAACCAGCCAUACCAACACAGUGCCAUCAACACAACCCCAUUACCCAUACCAGGGAGCCAGUUAUCCAUACCUCAGCUGGCCACACAACACACAGGACCUUUUGGCUGUUCUGUACAGAACUGUUCAGGGGAAGGGCUAAUCUUUCAUUUGGACCAUGUGUCCUUCUCUUGUUGUGCUUUGAUACAUUUUUAAGACUGCUUAUUUGUGCUAGUAUGAAACUGAUGAUUUGAAUGAGAUUCGAUCAAUCUUGGACAGAAUGAAAAUCCCCAAAUCUUCUUGAAGAUGAAGCCUUUUACCACGCAGUUGACGGCCAAAAUAAAUACGAAGGCUUACUUUUCUUCUUAAUUUAA